AUGAGGAAGUUUACAAAGAAAAGAGAUAUAGUGACGCCGGGAGUCACUAGAUUUGCAACCGCUUUCCUCACUUUGCAAAGCUUGAUGGAGAAGAAGAAUGAGUUGAGAGCUAUGAUUACUAGUGAUGAAUGGAAUGAAAGCAAGCAUGCAAAGAGUGUAAAGGGGAAGGCGGCGGUGAAUAUUGCUUUGAGUGCUUCUUUUUUGAAUGGGGUAAGUCUUUGCUUGAAAGUGUUUGCCCCUUUAGUCAAGAUGCUUCGCCUUGUUGAUGGGGAUAGAAAGCCAUCAAUGAGCUUUGUGUAUGGAGAACUACUUAGAGCCAAAGAGGAGAUUAAAAUGGCAUUCAAAGAUCAAGAAGCUCACUAUCGUCCAAUCCUUGACAUUGUUGAUGGAAAAGUCCGUGAUCGACUUGAUAGUCCAUUGCAUUUAGCGGGUUACCUCUUGAACCCUUACUACACUUAUGCCAAUCCAAGCAUUGAGAAUGAUAAUGUGGUCAUGGAUGGGUUCUUCACUUGUGUUGAGGUAUUCUUUCCCGAUGACAUUCAAACUCAAAGUUUGGUGACAAAUGUAGAAUUGCACAAGUAUUUGAAGAAAGAGGGUGGAUUUGGAAGAGGUUUGGCUAAGGUGGGAUGCGCACAAAAUGAUGACACUUAUAAUCCGGGAUGGAUUGUGGAUGGUGGUGAUGAAGAUGUUGAGUCCGAUCUUACUAGUGAAAUAGUUGGAGAGGGAUCGGGAUUGGGACUGGAUAGUAGUUUAGAGCCUAGGAGAAGUUGUAGACUUCAAGAAAUUAGAGAACUUCAUGAGGAGGAUUUUGUAUCGGAUGAAGAGGAAGAAGAUGAGAUGGAUUUUGAGUUUGAGUCCGAUGAGGAGGGAGUACUAGAGGGAUAUGGAGAAGAAGAAUUUGAGGAUUAG